AUGGACGAGGACAAGAGUCGCAGCCAGACUCCCUCUGCGCCGGGCCAGUCUAGUACGUCUAACACGCCCCAGCUCGAGGGCACGUCAACCUCGCUCUCAGGCAACUCGGGCACGCCUGCGCAAAGCCAUCCGACGCCAGCAUCUUCCUCUGCUGCGCAGGCGGCCAACUCCGUCCCCCACGCCGUCUCGACCCAAAAUGCCAAGCGCAGGCGUGGUCUAGGCAUUGUAACGCCCAACGCGUGCACGGAAUGCCGCAAGAAACGAGCAAAGUGCGAUGGGCAGCAGCCUUGCAGUCGUUGCCGGGGCCAGAAAGAAAUCGAGUGCAAAUAUGAAAUCCCCGUGCGCCAAUCAAAGGAGAACCUACGCACCGAGAUCGAGUCUCUGAGAUCGCGGCAAAAAUCGAGCGAUAGCGUCUUGGCUGCUCUGGUGAGGCCUGGCCUCUGGGAAGAUGUGCUCAGUCGCCUGCGCAACGGCCAGACGGUCGAAGCCAUUGGGGAAUGGCUCAGCGACCACGCACCGUUCGGUGCGGCGCCACAGUCCGCUACCUCCCAUCGUGAACAGUCCCGCAUGGGUACAACUUUACCACCAUUAUCGAAUUACAUUGGGCCCAUCCCCGGAUCCCUGGCGGCCUUGAACUUGGGUCUGCCUGGGAUUGCUGGCGCGCCCGGCACGCAGCCGUCUCCAGGGUUGCAGAACAACAACGGCUCCUGGAAUUUUCUCCAGCGGAACCACAGUGACUCAAACCGCAGCGAUUCUCAUACAGACCCCAUGAACUGGCUGUCAGACAAGGUACAUGUAGGGUCGGGCCAGCGAGAAACCGAUCGAUCGACUCGGCUGCCACGGUGUCGCGGACUGGAGCACAUCUUGUCGCCUUUGGAUGAGCCCGAGAUGCAGUCCCCAUCAGGCACUUGGACCAGCAUUACGAGCGAUAUCAACUUGGUGCAGCAUUUACUGGCGCUGUACUUCUGCUGGGAAUACCCCACUUUUGCCUCCCUCAGCAAGGAGCAUUUCCUCCGGGACUUUCAAGCCGGCCGAUAUCGAUACUGCUCGCCCAUGCUCGUCAAUGCGCUGCUUGCGCUAGGCUGUCGCUUUUCGUCGCAGCCCAUGACGCGAGCGAAUCCGAACGACCCGUAUACAUCGGGGGACCAUUUCUUCAAGGAGUCCCAGCGGUUGUUCUACCAAGAGACGAAUCACCACGCGUUGACGACGAUCCAGGCACUAGGUAUCAUGUCCAUACGAGAGGCAAGCUGUGGCCGGGACUCGGAAAGCUGGUACUAUGCCGGUCAAAGCAUACGUCUGGCCAUCGAGAUGGGUCUUCACCGGGUACACGACGAAGGCGACGAAGACGAGUUGGCUGUGCAAUCCGCGACCUUCUGGGGAGCGUUUGCAUUGGAUCAUAUGUACUAUCACUUUGCCAUCCUUCUCCUGUUCAGGCCGCUCAUCAAGAUGCGGAUUAUUGGCUCUAAAGUUUCACCCCGGGACGUAUGUUGUCAAGCCGCAGACGCCAUUCAAGGACUGCUACGCUCCUACUCGCAAUUAUACACCCUGCGACGAACACCAUCAUUCGUACCAUACUUUGUUCUGACGUCGGCGAUUAUGCAUCUCGCAGUCGGCGCCACCACAGUCUCCAAUCGGUCUAAUGCGUCAGACGAGGUCUCCAAGAUGGCGGAAGCAGCCAAGCUGGACUCGAGAGUGGCAGAAGCUUUGAAACAGGGCAUCUCCGACCUGGCGGAGAUGGCGCCCUGCCAUCAUUUUGCCGAACAGGCCUUGAACAUUCUGCGUUAUCUCGCCAAGAAAUGGAAAAUCGAUGUCGACGUUGACGACGGGAAGACACCACCAGAGGAUUACCAUAACCUUGUUAAGACGUAUACCAACACCCUCAACUUUUUCGCCCCCAACGUCGUGGACACGGAUUUCGACUGCGAUUUCGGACUCUUCCAGGGCUGCGCCGUCGCCAGCGCCACGCAGGUCGAGGGAAAGGUGGCGAAGUAUUCGGGUGAUAAGAUGGACAACCCCCUGUUCUGGCCUUUCCCUCUGCAGGGACGACCUAUCCUGGCAAGGGGCACAGAACUGGAACAGGCGGGAUUCGAGCUCCUCUGA